CCCCAAGCAGCCCUUUCGGAAGUCCUCCUCGUCUGCCCGUGUCAUGAUUGCUUUGUCACGUCUUUUUAUGCCGCCUUUCGUUGAAACGCCCUCCAGGCGGUUUGCAAAACCUUCAAAACAGUACAUGAGGACCCACUCUGCAAGGGUCUGUAUUAGGCCCAUCCGGGGAUUUUAAGAAAGGCCCGUACAUGACCCGAGGGUUGCCAAGGCGACUGGAGCCCUGUCGGAAACUUUCAUUGUGCAGCCCCUUGAACUUUUUAAAAUGAACAAUGGAGUAUAAAUAUUGUCUAUAAAAGAUAGUUUCCAGACAAUAGCCCUCCUGCCUAAAACCUUAGAAAGCUGCUAGAAGUUGUAGACAGUACUGAGCUAGAUGGACCAAUGGCCUAACUCUGUAUAAGGCAGCUUCCUGUGUUCCUCUUUUCAACAAAAAAGGUUCAAAAGUUUACAUUGCAAAAGGAAUGAUGAGAAGAUGUUUCCCUGUCCCAAAGGGGCUCAUCACCAUCAAAAAAAGAAAAUACAAGGGAGAUACUGGCAAUAGGCACUGGAAGGAAGGCAAAUAGGGACAUUUUGCUCUUGCCCUGCCAUACUAAAUAUAAGAGAGCCUCCACUUUAAAAGGAGGCCUCUGCCCAGUUAGCAGGAGAUUAUACAAGGAUAACCUGAGUCCAAGUCAACAAGUGUUGAAUGAGUCAGGUCAAUGCGUAUUGUGACACAAGGGAGCCUACUGAUCUAGGCAACAAGAAGUCAGCCAGAGCUGGGAGGAUCUGGGGAAAUGAAGAGGGGGAGGAAGGAGGCUAAGGGGAAUGGAUCAGGAGGGAGAAAUCGAAGAGGAGGUAACAGAACAAGAGACGGAUGCUGAGGAGAACAUCAUCAUCAGGGAGUUGACUGAGGAGCAGAUAGCAGGGCUGGAGGAGGAGAAUAUUCUAGAGCAGGCAGAAGGACCACAAGAAGAGAUCACCGAGCUGGAUGGAGCAGCUCAGCAGGAACUCUCAGAGGAGACAGGAAGGUAUCAUGAGUUUGUUAUCAAUGUGGCUGGAGGAGCUAGGCCAAAGAUCAAGGACCAGGUUCAAGGAGGGCAGGAAGAACUUUUGGAGCAGUCUGCAGAAGCCCUGAUCAGGAAUGUUGAGCAAGUUGGAGCUAGCCAAAAUGUGUUCACAGGGUGGACUACAGGAACCCAGAAGAUGAUCUUGAAGCAGGCAGGAAGAUCCUGGGAAGAAGUCACAGAGCCAGCUGGAACAGGCCAGGGCCAGAGGAAGAUGUCAGAGCAGGAAAGCCAAGGCCAAGAAGCAGGCCUAAAACUAGUCAGAGAUCUGUUGGCAGUUGUUGCCAGAUCUGACCUUCCCCAUGAGGAGAAGCUGGAGCUGGAAUUUGUGACCCUUCAGUUUAUGAUGGGAGGCAACGUGCACUUGCUUGGGGAGCUGCAAAGCCAGGCCGUAGUGGAAGAGUUCCGUCAGGAAGUGUUUGCCAAAUUCCCGAUACCAGCUUUUCACGUGACCAGCUCUGUGAUCUGCUGUGAUCAAGCAACUAGCCCAAGACCCGAGAGGCCUCAACCGCUAAGUGAAACUGGUUGUUCCAGGCAACAAGAGAGAAUCUAUUCCCAGCUUAUCUUCUUCCUGUGCAGAGCUCCGUUCUUGAAGUCUUGGGACCAACUGGAUCGACUGGCCGAAAUGCUGCACAAGCUGAAGAAUUGUAUCUACUACAACCCAGUGGCCUUGGUAGGGGUCAUUGUUCAGGUGGAUCCAGACCCAGGUUUGGACCCAGAACAAGAGGCCAGGGCACGGCGAUGGCUGAGGUGCUUGCUAGAUGGGUUCUUCUGUUGUGAUUUGCUGUUAGACCAUGAUGGGACGGAGCCAGAAGUUCAAGUUCAGGUAGCUGUCUACCAGUCAGGCCAGCCAGAGAGAGCUUUAGAGGUUAAGAGGGCUGCUUGUCAAGCCAUUCGAGCGGCCCUCAAGUUCUGAAUGGGCAACAUUGAUGACUGUUCUGCAAUCAUAUCAGCUCCAGGAACACUCAAGAUCUCAUUCAGCACUGGAACAUCAUUUAAAAUUCAGAUUAUUCCCUCCCA